GCUUCAUCUUUCUUACUAGUUGAUCAUGCAGCGGAUAGGGGGACGGAUUCUGAAGCCAAAUCGACGAUGGAAGUCUAUGCUUUCGGCAGCUCGAGAUGUCUUUUUUCCGGAGACAGUGGUCACAACGCUUCCUAGUGGUUUUAGGGUAGCAACAGAAGACACAAAGAUUCCAACUGCUACUAUUGGUGUCUGGAUUGAUGCCGGAUCCAGAUAUGAGACCCCAGCAAAUAAUGGUACUGCACAUUUUCUCGAGCAUAUGGCUUUCAAGGGCACAUCUCGCCGUACCCGGAGUGGAUUAGAGCUCGAAGUAGAAGAUAUCGGUGCUCAUUUGAAUGCUUACACGUCUCGUGAACAAACAGUCUAUUAUGCAAAAUGCUUUUCCACGGAUUUAGAGCACUCUGUCGACAUCUUAGCUGAUAUUCUUCUCAACAGUAAUCUGAAUAAUCGAGAUAUAGAAGCAGAGCGAAGUGUGAUAUUACGCGAAAUGCAAGAAGUUGAACAGAAUUUCCAGGAGGUUGUAUUCGACCAUUUACAUACUGGUACAUUUGAAGGUAACCCGUUAUCGAUGACCAUCUUGGGACCUGUGGAGAAUAUCAAUAGCAUCCAACGAAAAGAUCUUGUCGAUUACAUUCACACACACUAUCGGUCUGGUAGAAUGGUGCUAAGUGCCGCAGGUGGUGUCCGUCAUGACGAGGUUGUGCAGCUAGCAGAAAAGUAUUUCGGAGGUCUGAAACAUGGUGAUGCAUCAGCAAAUUUUUUACCGGCUACUUACAAGCCCUGUCAGAUACAUAUCGCUGUUGAAGGAAUGGACUCCAUCUAUGGCGCUUUAGUCGUCGAGGGAGUGUCGUGGACUCACGAGGAUAAUCUAGCUUUGAUGGUGGCUAACACUCUGAUUGGCGAAUGGGAUAGAAGUCGUGGUUUUGGAGUGAAUGCGCCAUCUCGGCUUGCCGUACGGCUAGGUCGCAGCGCUGGAGUGCAGUCUUUCCAAGCGUUUAAUACUUGCUAUAAGGACACUGGCCUUAUCGGUGUGUAUUUCGUCACAGAAGAGAUGGCAUCAGAAUCGCUGGUGGAUGCCAUUGUGGACGAAUGGCGUUGGUUAGCUAAUGAAGUUGAUGCGGAGACUGUUGAUCGAGGCAAGCGAACAUUGCUUACCAAUUUACUCUUGAUGUUAGAUGGAUCCACUCCAAUCUGCGAAGAUAUUGGUCGACAGCUGUUAUGCUACGGUCGUAGGAUCCCUGUUCCGGAGUUGGAAUUACGGAUAAAGGCAAUUGACGUAGAAACUGUGCGAAACGCCUGCAGAAAGACGUUCAUCGAAGGUCAUGUUUCUACUACUGUUAUAGAUUGCAGAGCCUUGCCUCACGAAAGUGAGAUGCCAAUCCAAUUCCAACCUUAA